GGCCAAGGGUACCAAAAAGAGAACGUUAGACCAAUUCUUUCACCAUUCGAUAAUAGAAAAACGCAACGGCACACAAAAAUCAGCUCUAGGCGACAAAAGGCCUUGCAUCUGGACCCACUUGAUAUAUAAACACCAUAAAAAUGUGAUGCCCGCUCUUUUUUUUAUACAUUUUUAUAGACAAUUUUUCGUUAUUAUUAGCGGUAGACGGACCGGGCAAUUUGGAUAUAUGUACAUUACGAAAUUAACAAGUUAAACAAAUUAGCUGAAACGUUUAAGCGGUUUUGAAUAAAAUCUGUUUUGGAAUAGUGUAACCUUUUGGAAAUAGCAGUUCCUAAUAGGCUAAUUUUGGGUUUAACUAAGAUGGCAACUAUUGUAAAUUCCACCGUAAUUCCAAAAAACUCUACAAAUUUUUAUCAUUUCCUGUUUACAGAAAUUGCAGAUCCUAGAACGAAUUCAUGGUUCCUAAUAAAGGAUCCUGGUCCUGGCUUAGCUAUUUUAAUAAUAUGGAUGUAUUUUGUUCUUAAUAUUGGUCCGAAAAUGAUGAAGGAUAGGGAGCCGUUUGACCUUCGGAAAACCCUUAUAGUUUAUAAUUUAGUGCAAGUUAUUAUUAGUUCAUAUAUAUUUAUAAGGGGAGGUAUAAUAGGCUGGUUUGGUAAAUACAGCUAUAAAUGUCAGCCAAUUGAUUAUUCUGACGCACCUGAAGCACAAGAGAUGCGCCACUUAAUGUAUCUAUAUUUCAUAAACAAAUUAUUGGAACUUCUCGACACAGUAUUCUUCGUACUUAGGAAAAAACAAAACCAAGUGACGUUCCUGCAUAUGUAUCACCACACCGUGAUGCCCAUGGUGUCAUGGGGAGGAAUAAAGUAUGUUCCCGGUGGUCACGGUACCUUAAUAGGAUUUAUAAACUGUUUUGUACAUAUUAUUAUGUACAGUUAUUAUUCAUUAGCAGCCUUUGGACCAAAGAUACAGAAAUAUUUGUGGUGGAAGAAAUAUAUUACAGCAAUGCAAUUGGGCCAGUUUUGCAUAGUGUUCAUACACAACAGCCAAUUGUUUUUCAGAGACUGUGGAUAUCCAACAUGGACAGCGUUUAUCACGGCGCCGAAUGCAGUAUUUUUCUACUUUUUAUUUUCACACUUUUAUAAUCAGGCAUAUGGAUCUAGAAAACAAUCUAAGAAAUCAGAUAAAAACGCUAAGAAGAUUGAAACAAAUAAUAAUGUGUCUCAAAAGGAAAUUAAAGCAGAUUAGAAGUUCUCUGUGGAAGCUCACAAUGCCUGAUUCUUUUAUGGUUAUAGUACCUAUCAAAAUCAAAAAAUUAUUACUUUAAGAACAGUACUUCGAUCUCGCAGUUUUCAAAUUAGUUUAUCAAAACCAACAAAAUUAAAAAAAAGAAAAAUAAAAACUUUAUGUUAUGUCAAAUUUAAUGUCCGAAACUACUGUCAAAAUAAAGUUGUCAAAGUGACAAUGUUGAUAUCGGCUUCGGAUACCAGUAAUAUACCAAUUCUGUGAAUGCCAAAAAUGUUAAUAAUAAAGAUUUUAUUUUUCGUAUAGAGGCAGACAUCCCCAAAGGCAUUGUUAAACUAAGAUGUCACAAAACAUAGUUUCUACACUAAAAUUAAUCAAUAAGAAUAUUUUCUGAAAUUGUAGGUCAUUGCAAAACAAUAUUUUGUUUAAGAACUGAAAUUGGCAUACAUUGUGUGAUGAUGAAAAACCUUUUUUCCAUUAUUUUUUAGUAUAAUAUUUUUGUGUUGUGUUUAAUUAUUUGGCAAUCCUAAGUCUUAAUAAACGAUACAAAUUCCA